GUACAUUGCAUGGUUCCAUUAGACUGGGUGAACCACCAUUGUGAUCAUAUUAAAGGAAAAAGUCCUACAAAUUGGGACUUGAGUCAAGUCUGCUGCUUCCUGGGUUCACACGUGCAUGCACUUGUACAGACUUUUGAAGUCCUCUUUUGAAGUCCUCUGGGGUAACGCCUAACGCUUUGUCUUUGGCACACUGAAGUUUCUUGGCAUCUUCUGCGAGGAUUACUGGGACAAAUGAGCCAUAAUCACAUAUAAAACUGAAGACGUCAACCAUGGAUUUAUCAAUCAUUUAUUUUCUGGUAGCUGUCUACCUGGCCCUCAUACCCCAAACUAGCCCAUCCUGCACCAGAGGCUCCCCCCGUGAGUGCAAAGAGGCCGAGUUUGCCCCAGGAUCCAACCUGGCAGGUGAAGGUUUCGACAUCACCAAGAUGCAGCGCAAAGGAGCCUUUGUCAUCGACAUGAACCUAUGGAGACGGGAGAACAGCACCUGCAUGCUGUGCAAGAACCCGUAUGAAGAGGGCAAGAUGCAGAAAGUCCCAGCAGCUGUGGCGGACUGGCGACCCAAUCAGAAAUGCAGCAUGAAGGUGGCCAGCUCAAUGUAUCAGUCCAGUGAGUCCUUGGUCAGUUCCAGUGCCUCUAAUGUGGAGAACAACUGGAAAGUUGGUUUGAAUUUAGGAUCCGCAUCGCUGAUGCUUGCUGGCACUAACUCAAAGUUAUCUGAAUACUCAAUGGAGAAGACAAAAAGGGACAAAUUCACAUUUUCUCAACAGAAGAUGUCAUGUAGCUACUACAGCUACAGAGUAUCCAACCAACCCCAACUACACCCAGAGUUCCAGUAUGCCAUUAAUCAACUUCCAAAGAAAUACACCAGAAAGACCAAACAGGCUUUCUACAAACUAAUCAAUAACUUUGGCACUCAUUUCAUACCUAAAGUGACUUUGGGUGGGAUGGUGCAGUCGGUGACCAGCAUCAGGCAGUGCAUGGCCUCUCUACAGGGCCUGACCUCAGAUGAGAUCAAGAUGUGUCUUGAAGUGGAGGCUGAAGCCAGCAUUGCAAGCAGAGGCUCAGCAAGGGCUGAGAUGAAGCACUGUCAGGAGGCGAAGGACAAGACAGAGAGCAAGAACAGCUUCUCCAGCAGAUUCAGCGACAGGUUCACAGAGGUCUUUGGUGGCCACACCACUGAACCGGACCUUCUCUUCUCUGCAGACAAAGACCCAGCCGCCUACAAGGAGUGGCUUUCCUCCCUGCCAAUCAACCCCGACAUGAUCUCCUAUUCACUGGAUCCCCUUCAUGAGUUGCUGGCCCCCGACCUUACCGUGAGAAAACAACUACGCAAAGCAAUUAAGCAUUACAUAUUAGAGAGUGGACUCUGGCAGAACUGCUCAGAGCCCUGCAAGUCUGGUGUCAAAAGAAACCCAAAGGAGCCUUGUGUCUGCAGUUGCCAUGGUGAUCCUGGUGUAGGCAGUGACUGCUGUCCUGUUAAACGUGGUCUUGCUCGGGUCGCUAUCACUGCAGUGAGGGCCACUGGGUUGUGGGGCGACUUCUUCACUGCUACAGAUGCUUACGUGAAGGUCUUCAACUCUCAGAACAUGCAACUGGCAAGAACCCCUGUGAUUUGGAACAAGAACUCCCCUCAGUGGCACAUGACCUUUGAUAUCGGUGAUGUCAUCCUCUCUCAGACCAGCAUAGUGAAGUUCGAGGUGUGGGAUGAGGACAGCAAGUGGGAUGACGACCUGCUCGGAACUUGCACAGUGAACCUCAUGGAGGGGACCAAGGAGAAUGCAUGUGGACUGAACCAUGGAAUGUUCUACUACAAACUCAAAGUGAUCUGUGGCCCAAGCCUGAGUGGCCCAUCCUGCUCUGAGUAUGUGAGCUCUCCCAUGAACAGUCACCUGGAGAAGCUGUACGUAUCUCGUCAUGCCCGACCCAUACCGAAUGAAAUGCUGCAGAAAAUGGGAGUCUUUGGGAAUGAACAUCCUAUCAUGAUUAACCUGAGAGAGGACCCAAAUGCACAACACAAGAAACAGGAGAUUUAAUUGAUUACAAAAUAAUUGUGUAAAUAAGCGAUUCGGGUAUCCUUUUCUCUUAUUAAUAUUCAUGGUUUGAGUUGCAAUCGAGUUGAUUUAAAUAUU